UUUCGUAAUACAUAGGCAUCGGGGCUAUUACAGAAAUAUGUCAUUUUGAUAAUGGUGUGUGCAUCAGAGACAACUUGUGUUAGGCUUGUUUAUAUUCACUGAUUUCCAAAUUUAGCGCCGUACAUUUCGUCUAUUGAAGUAAGCACCAGAAAGGGGAAUAUGGCCAUCUGAAUCCUCAUGACAUUGUGUUGGUCAAUAUAGGUCAAAUGCGUGGAAACUAAAAGCAGCAACUUAAGACAGCCUCCGGAUGGAUUCCCUACAAAAUGUGCCACUUGACAGUGAAAUAGGAAAUUUUACUAGUGGUGGCAUAAGUGUAGAAAUAGCCAUUAAUCAUGAAUGUAUUCAGUGGUCAUUUAGUAAUUCCUCUGAAACCGAAGCCAAAUUAAAAGCUAAAAAUAAGUGUUUAGAAUGGAAAGAUGUUGUUGGUGUGCAGUCACUCGCAAAAAACACCAAAAACCUGACUGAAUCUCAACAAAAAACAGACACUGAUUUCACGCAAAUCAAAUUGUCCUACAUUGUUAAGAAAGAAGAUCAUAAAUGGAGAUGUGAUCAUAUAAUAUUUGAAGGAGAUUUUAGCAGCUGGAUUAGUAGAUUAAGAGAAAGAAUUAGACAAGGCAAGCCUAGAAAGUUAUUAGUAAUUAUAAACCCUAUUGGUGGAUUUGGUAAAGGAAGACAAAAUUAUGAGAAAAAAGUAGCACCAUUGUUUGAGUUGGCAGACAUUACUACAGAUGUUAAAGUUACAGAAAGGGCUGGUCAUACGAUUGAUAUAUUAAAGACCUAUGACUUUUCUACUAUUGAUGGUAUAGUUUCUGUUGGUGGUGAUGGUUUAUAUCAUGAAGUAUUAAAUGGCAUUUUACCCAUGAUACAAGAUGAUAAUAUAGAUUAUAAUGAUACAGAAAUUACACUUAAAUCACCACCAGUUCCUAUUGGUAUUAUACCUACAGGAACAGGUAAUGGUAUAGCAGGGUGGUCAUGUGGUUGUAUAGAUAUAGAAACAUCAGCUUUACACGUUAUAAGAGGUGAGCACCAUAAGUCUUGUGCAUUAUCAAUAAAGGUUGGAGGAAAACAUUUGGCAUUUGCUGGUUUAUUAUUUUCCUAUGGAGUAAUGUCUGAUUUGAUUAAAAAAUCUGAAGAAAGAAGAUGGAUGAAAGUGAUGAGAUACCCAGUGUCUAUACUUGGUGGGUUCUUGGGUAGACAGCGUACUUUUAAUGCAGAUGUGAGUUACAAAACAUUAAAUACUAAUGUGGACGGAGAAAAGAAGGAAGAUAACUGUGAAAAUGAUUGGAAGACAAUUGAUUUGAAAGAGUUUUUGUCAGUGCACGUGUUUUGUUGUGAUAUAAGGGUUGACAAUGGUGUUGUUAAAUUCGACCGUCAGAGUGAUUCUUUUUUACUUAUGUCCUAUGGUCGAAUUAAAAAAAUGGAGCAAAUUAAAUUUUUGGGAAGAUUUGCAACUCAGAGUCCAAAUUUAAUGGAUUUUGAUUGGUUAAUAAAGAACAGCAAUGUUACUAGAUUUCAUAUAAAAGUUAAUGAAUCGGUGGAUUGUGGAAGUUCUAAUGAAAGAGAUCGGGCAUUAGAAUUAUAUGUUAAUAUUGAUGGUGAAUCUAUUCCUAUAAGUGAACCUGAUAUAGAUGUUAGAUUUUGUAGUCAGUUAGUUCCAAUCUAUAGUUCCAAGUUUUAAUAGUGACUAGAGGAACAUGAAAGAUAUAAAAACAGUACCAAGAAAAAACUCUGCUACUGGCAAUCAAGAAGUUAGUUUAUAAUGGCACAGAUAAAAAGGACAAAUGGAACAAAUAGGAAAACAAAAAUAACUAAAAAGAUAGUUUAUUAAAUUAAAUAACAAAUGAAAAGCAUGUAUAUAUAUAUACUGUUCAGACAUAAUCUAAUCAAAUUAUACUAUUGAUUACUAAAAGAUGCACCUUAUUAAAUGAUAAUUACUACUUGAUUUUAACAUGGAAUUUCAGCAAUUAAAAUACAUAUGUAGAUGUGUACAUAAAUAUUAAAGUAAAACAAAAUCUAAUGUAAUGACCAAGACAACUAGAAGCCUGAUAUAGCAUGAUAAUUAAGUAAUUUAAGUACAUAAUUAUACCAUUGUCUGAAAAACAAAUAGUAAUAAUUUGUUUUUCAGAUAUUUAUUUUUCUGCAUUUGUGCUGUGCACUGGCAAUCAGAUAAUAGAAAAGUAAACAUAGAUUAAAAUAAUGAAACAUUUGGUGCAUUUGUUCAAUCCAAUCCAAAUUUUAUGUUAUUAAUUCUCUCCUACUAAUAGUAUAAAAAUAUAAAAUAAUUUUCUCUGAAUAACAAUAUAAAUUAGAGUUGCCCACAUGAUCAACUUUGUUAUGUCAGAGGUAUUUUGAGGUCUUCAUGCAUGGAUAAAUUCUGACACCGUCCAAACCUGAUCAAAAGGAAACAAAGGUCAAUUCUUAAUUUUUUAAGUGUCUUUUUUUACCUGUUGAUUAUACAUUUGUUGUCUUUACAAUUUAUAAGAUAAUUCAUGUGAAGAAAUUAGAGUAUGUAACUCGAAGAACAAAAUUGCGAGAAGUAGCUUAUAACUGUGUCUAACAAGUGGUUGCCAUUCCAGAUACACCCACAUUUUGCUAGAGAUCGACAGAGAACGAGCUAAAAAUAAAAAAAAAAGAUUUUUCGCACAAACAGGCAGGGAGCGGUCAUUUAGUCCGGCAGUUUUGGGUCGGAUUUUCAUAAAAUUCGAACUCAACCAUCAUUAGGGUGCACCGGUGAAUUGUUUAAACAGUUUUUAAAAUUGAAUCCACAAACUAAAUACGUGUUUUUUUAUACGCCCACAUUUUCAUGUGGACGUAUAUUGUCGUCGCCUCUACAGGUCACAAUUUUUAUCCGAUUUCAACGAAACUUGAAAUAUAGCUUUAUCUCCCUAAGAUCUCGGAUCCUUUCGAUAUUGGCAUGUAUCAGACCAUAACUUCAUGGAUUAUGGCCCCUGAUUGUAUGAAAAAUCAUGUUGUUAGCUUGUGGACACUCUAGAGGUCAUAAUUUUGAUCCUAUUUUGAUGAAACUUGAAAUGCAUGUGUAUAAACCAAAGAUCUUGGUUCCUUUUGAUAUUCGCGCUUAUCGGAUCGUAACUUCCUGAAUUAUGGCCCCUAAUUGUACGAAAAAUCGUGUUUUUAGCUUGUGGACCCUAUGGAGGUCAUAAUUUUUAUCCGAUUUAAAAAACUGUAUUGUUAUAUCACCGUUACACCCUAAGGACAGCUGAGUUCGAAUUUCGUCAAAAUUGACCCAAAACUGACAGAUAAAAUGGCCGCCGUUCGUUCUCAAAUAGCGUAAAAAUAUGGUAUAUCAAGGUUGUGGACCCUAUAGAGGUCACAAUUUUAAUCCUAUUUUGAUGAAACUUGAAAUGUAAGUUUAUAACCCAAAGAUCUUUGGUCCUUUCGAUAUUCGCGCAUAUUCACGUAACUUCAUGAUUGUACGAAAAAGUGUGUUUUUAGCUUGUGGACCCUAUAGAGGUCAUAAUGUUUAUCCGAUUUAAAAAAUCAUAUUAUUAUAUCACCGUUACACCCUAAGGACGGCUGUGAUUGAAUUUCGUGAAAAUCGGCCAAAAACUGACAGACAAAGUGGCCGCCCUUGUUCUCAAAUAGCGUAAAAAUAUGGUAUAUCAAGGUUGUGGACCCUAUAGAGGUCACAAUUUUUAUCCGAUUUUGUUGAAACUUGAAAUGUAAGUUUAUAACCCAAAGAUCUUGGUUCCUUUCGAUAUUUGCGCAUAUUGAAUUGUAAUUUCCUGAAUUAUGGCCCUUGAUUGUAGGAAAAAUCACUUUCUUUUUAGCUUGUUCUCUAUCCAUCUCUCGAAAAUGUGGGCGUAUCCUGCCUGGCAGCCGCUGGUUGAACAAGAUUCAGGGGCCAUAAUCCAGGAAGUUACAUUCCGAUAAGUGCGAUUAUUGAAAUGAACUGAGAUCUUUGUGAUAUAAACAUAAAUUCAAAGUUCCAUCAAAAUCGGAUCAAAAUUUGCGUGGACUUAUAAAAAUGAACUUAGUGAAGAUAUCAAGAAGCUCAUUUCUAACUCCGGGGGACAAGAAUUUUAUUCACUUAAUUAUAUCUGGGAUUUCUCUUUUAAUGUAUAACAUGUUUAUUAGCACAAUUAGUUAUUUUAUUACAUUGAUUUGUUAUUUUUGUAUAUUAUAGAUAGCCUUUUAUUAAUAUAACAAUAAGUGCAUUUAAUUUAGUUACUUUUGUAUUCAUUGUUAAGCUUUUUAUAUAUUUCAUAAUAUACUCAAAGUCGUUAAAAAUGCAAUGCCUAAUUCAUGAAAUAUUUCUGGUAAACAUUUUCUUGGGCUUUCUUAUCUUAUGACACAUAGGUGAAACUUGUGAUGGGUCUCUUUUUGUGGAGUUCUGGGUUUGAACCCAAUAUCAGUUCUCGGUAAUGAACAUUGUUCGUGCAAACUGAGCACUUGUCUUUUUUCACGAUUUUAAGCAGUCCCAUGUCACACGUUUUGCACGUGCAUUUCCUGCACUCUGGCCCUUUAAAUACAGAUCAAAAUUACAACAUUCAUCAUUGGCAUGCUGGAUUAGGGGGCUUCACAGGUAGCCAGACACUUUAAUGUCCACCCAUUGACCAUUGCUCGCCUCAGACAACGCUUCCGCGCCACUGGAAGAGUUGCCAAUCAAACCUGAUCGGAGCGCCACCUGUAACAACCACAGCUCAAGAUCGCCACAUCCGACUACAGCAUCUGCGCAACAGGUUCCAUUCAGCUACUGCUACUGCCAGGGGAACUGUUUGAACAUGGCAACGUCAGAUCAGCCCUCAAACAGUCCGAAGGCACCUGGCUGCUCUUGGGUUACGCUGCCGUCGACCUUACCAACCCGAUCGAACACCUUUGGGAUGAACUUGUAGUGAAUUCUUUCAUAAAAUUAUCCACAGAUGUUUGUUAUCUUGAUUUUGUCAAUUGUUAUGUACAUUUGUUAAAGUUGUUGCAGUAAAUAAACUUUGAAUUUGGCAUUGCGUUCUUAAUGGCUUUGACUUUGUGUGUAUAAUUGUAAAUUAGAUAUAGACUGAUUAUAAUAUUAUAGCCUUUGUGUAAAGAAUAUUUUAGCUCAUUUAGGCUUAUAUCACCAUAAUUCUUACCCUAUUCAACAUUUUCAUCCAGAUUUUCUGGUGUGGUUCCCUCUUGUCAGUGAUGCAGGACGGAGGGCCUGACAAGGGCUGCUGUCUAGUCAAGUGGAUGGGACGAAAAACUGAGGUCCUGUGUACACAUUGAUGUGCACGUAAAAGAUCCCUUGACAGUUGUAAUUCGAUAUAAACUUUCCCUCAGAGUAGAACAGUAGGACGUUAAAACUCCAUUUCAUUUCAUUCCUAUUUAACUUUGUUUCAAACUGACUUAAAAAUUAGAUAGCUGCCCAAACGUAACAUCCAGAAGUUAUCUGCUUGCUUCCUUGUGAAAUUUCUGGUAUUUUCCAUUUGAGCAUUACUAUCUCUAACAAGCUAUCACUUGUCUUCAAAUCCAUGUAAUCAAGUCAAAAUAAAUUCAGAUGGGAUUGUUUAGUCAUUAAGUUUGAACCAACUGCGAUUUGUAAUCAAGCGUACAGCCAAUUAUUUGCAGUAUUUCUACCCAUUUUUAUAUUAGUUUCAGAGAUUUCUCUUUGAAAAAUACCGGUACCAGGAUUGUUGGAAGGGAACUCAAAUUUGUCGAUUAAUACAAACAACUAGGGCUCACUUACUGUUUUCAUCCCAUAUCUAAUCAGAAGUUUAAAACUAGGCGUGAAAAUGUUUGAUCUCUUUUGAUGGUACAAAUUUCAGUUCUUUGUCUUCCAGUAAUCCCCCAAAUGACUUCAUUAUUAUCAUAAACAUGUCUAUUUUCUAUCCCAUUAUUUUAUAUGUUAUUCAAGUUUAUAUGAUAGAUCCAUUCAAGUAUUUGAUUGACAUUUAUCUAAAUUUUAUUAAUUCAAAACAAUAUAUAUUGUGAUAUUUUAUAACAUUUUCAGUCUGAUAUUUUAUAACAUUUUCAAUCUGAUAUUUUAUAACAUUUUCAAUCUGAUGUCCCCCAACUUUCAAAGAAAGCAGAACACUAUUAAAAUUAGUUCUUCUGUCACACUUUUUAGGGCACAAUAAAUCUGCCUCUGAUUGAGGUAGAAUGUUUAAACUAGUUGUCUUGACUGAGUUUGACAAUGAGCAUUUUCUGCUUAGGCUCAGCAAAGAUAAGACAUUUUCAUUGGUCAAGUCUUUGGGACACAAUAACUCUAAUUGGUGUAAAUGUUUAUUAGGUGAAUAUCUUUGCUGAUGAUAGCAAUUUAUGCUAACUCUAAGCAGCUGUCCGUCCGUCACACAUUUAGAUAAGAAAUUUCAUUGGUCAAGACUCUAGAUAGAACACAAUAAUUCUGCUUCUAAUUAAAGUAGAAUGCUCAAACUUUGUGUAGAUGUUCACUAAGUGAAUAUAUUGACCGAGUUCAAUGAUGAGCAUUCGUUGCAGAUGUAAGCAAUUUGAGUUGUCAAUGCUUUGAAACAGGGCCCACGCUGUCGAUUGCCAAAGUCGCAAUUUGCGAUAAAAAUAUGAAAGUGGCGAUUAAAAUUUGAUUAAUUGCGAUAAUGUUUUGCGAUUCUUUUUGAGAACUGGCGGAAAAAAAUCUUAAAAUUCUAAUCGUAUUUAUCCUGAAUUAACCAUUACAAUUACAUUGAGUGCCAAUCACGUGGCGGCACAUUCUAUAAAUUAAUCAAUUAAUCAACUGGCUGAUAAUCCGAAUCGCGUCAAUGAGUAAAUAUAAUCAAUUGUCUUAGAUAAAUGAUUAGUUGAUUGAUAAUUGCAAAUGAUAUAUAUAAAGCCUAUCUCAAGUCAUUAUUUACUCCUAAUGAUUAAUCUAAGCGGGGAUUAUUUGAUUUUUCGUUUCGUCUUUAACAAAAAUGGCCGACAGUUAUUUUCGCAGAGAAUGAAAUAUUUUGAUAGUUGAAUUCCGUUUACUGUGGCUUCAUACGGCAUGUAAAAUAUACAAGCAUGUCUAUCGGAUAUUAUUAUAUUAAAUUAUAUUAUCAUCACUGGUCGUAAACGUAAGAACGGGUUGAAUAGCGACGAUUCUUGAGUGAGAAAAUAGUUCGCCAUUUGUAUCAUAUUACCGUUGCCAAAAUACUCUAAAAGUGACUGACGAGUAUAAUUCUAAGCAUAUACAUAUAUAACUGAAACUGAUAUCAUUCUAUCAAGGAUUCAGAUUUUGAUACCUUUACGGUACCUGAAAAUAACAAUAGGCCUAUUGUACAUGCAAAACAUAAAUUUAUAGAAAAUUUGCAAUCCUUGAAUGAGAUCUGACAUGUAAAUAGGCCUACUGAAAAUAUAUUGUGCUGCUCGGUGUGCAAAUAGACUAAAGUCACCAAAAAUAACAUCUUAUCUUCGUAAAUCAAAACUGUGUUAAUGAUGUAUUAUGUAAAGACAGAUUUUUAAAGUUGUAUAUAUAGUAUAUAUAGGUAAUUGUUUUAUAAUAGGCCUACCUAAGACAUAAAACUGUUACAUGUUGUCUUUUUUAUCACACAUUUUUGGCAGAUAAAAUAUUCCAGUUGACAGAAAAAAACUAUGAAACUUUUUUUAUAUAAAAAUUAUCAUCCAUUUUGGCGGGAAAAAAAUUAAAGCCGGUGUGAGCCCUGCUUUGAAACAUGCCUUGAUUCUAAUGAUAGCUUCAUUAAUAAGUUUGAUAAUGAGCAUUAUUUUCUUCAGUAAAAUUCUAAAUUUGCAAGUAAUUAAUGAAUGUCAACUACUUAUUUUGGGAUUAAGGUGGGAGGCAUUGUCAAGCCUCACUGUUGGCUUGUUUACCAGGGCUUGUCACGAGCAAAUUGGAGGCGAGUAGAUGACUACUCACGCAAAUAUAGACUUGCGCGAGUGAGGCGAGUACAUGUAUUUACUCACGCAGAAUGAUGUGCGUGAGUAGCCAUUUAAAUUUCAUGUGCCUAAUGGCAAUGCUAUUGUCACUUCGGUGGAAGCAGACGUUGAAUAAAGCUAUUUCACACACAA